CAGACCCCCCCUUCCUCACCAUUCCUCACCUACAGCCCCCCGCGCGGGCUCUCCCCCCCUCCCCACCGGACCCUUCGACAUGGAUGUCCCGUCGUGCCUGGACCCGGAGGAUUGUUGCAUCUUGGCGCAGUGAGAGCGGAGCGGGAGUCAUGCCGGGACUGCUAAUGGAUUUGGGGGAAUCGCGAGUGACCAUGCCGUGAUCCUGCUGCAUCCAGGGCCGCCGUCACCCUACGAGCGAUCAACGGAAGGAAUCGAACCCGCGCGCCGGAGAGGGGAUUUAAAAUACAAAAGAAAACAACAACAACAACAACAAAAGAAGAAGAAGAAGCAGCAGCAUUUCCCCCACAACAACAUGAAGAUUUCCUCUCGUCCUCUGGUGAUAAGCAGUCUCGUUUUCAGGUCCAACCUCAGACUGGUUCCGCUUCUGCUGCUCUUCCUCGGUUACUCUCUCGGGAUGCCACACGUUCUCAGAUUCGGGGGAAUAUUUGAAUCCAUCGAAAGCGGCCCCUCCGGAGCAGAGGAACUCGCCUUUAAGUUUGCCUUGAACACAAUCAACAGGAACCGCACGCUGCUCCCCAACACCACGCUGACCUAUGACAUCCAGAGAAUAAACAUCUUCGACAGCUUCGAGGCCUCCAGGAAAGCAUGUGACCAGCUCUCUCUGGGGGUGGCGGCCAUCUUUGGACCCUCGCACAGCUCCUCCGCCAACGCCGUCCAGUCCAUCUGCAAUGCGCUGGGAGUCCCUCAUAUCCAGACCAAGUGGAAGCACCAGGUGUCCGACAACAGGGACUCGUACUACGUCAGCCUCUUCCCAGACUUCUCCUCCCUCAGCAGAGCCAUCCUGGACCUGGUGCACUUCUUCAAGUGGAGAACCGUGACGGUGGUCUACGACGACAGCACAGGUACAGGUCUCAUUCGACUGCAGGAGCUGAUCAAGGCGCCGUCACGAUACAACAUUCGCUUGAAGAUCCGUCAGCUGCCCACAGAGACCAAGGAUGCCAAGCCACUUCUGAAGGAGAUGAAGAAAGCCAAGGAGUUCCAUGUCAUCUUUGAUUGUGGACACGAGAUGGCUGCCUGGAUACUCAAGCAGGCUCUGGCGAUGGGGAUGAUGACGGAGUAUUACCAUUAUAUCUUCACCACCCUGGAUCUGUUCGCUCUGGACAUGGAGCCGUACCGUUUCAGCGGAGUCAACAUGACGGGGUUCCGCAUCCUGAACACGGAGAACUCUCAGGUGUCGUCCAUCAUCGAGAAGUGGUCGAUGGAGCGGCUACAAGCCCCGCCGAAACCGGACUCAGGCUUGCUGGAUGGAUUCAUGACGACCGACGCCGCGCUGAUGUACGACGCCGUGCACGUGGUGGCGGUGGCGGUGCAGCAGUCGCCGCAGAUCACCGUCAGCUCCCUGCAGUGCAACCGCCACAAGCCGUGGCGCUUCGGGGGCCGAUUCAUCAGCCUCAUCAAGGAGGCUCACUGGGAUGGCCUGACGGGUCGGGUCCUCUUCAACAAGAGCAAUGGGCUAAGGACCGACUUCGACCUGGACGUGAUCAGUCUGAAGGAGGACGGACUGGAGAAGAUCGGGACGUGGGAUCCUCCCAGCGGCCUGAACAUGACCGACUCGCACAAAGGCAAGACGUCCAACAUCACCGACUCUCUGGCCAACAAGUCUCUACGCGUGUCGACGAUUCUGGAAGAGCCGUACGUGAUGUUCAAGAAGUCGGACAAGCCUUUGUACGGAAACGACCGGUUCGAGGGCUACUGCAUCGACCUGCUGCGGGAGCUCUCUGGAAUUCUGGGCUUCCGCUACGAGGUCAGGCUGGUGGAGGACGGGCGCUACGGCGCUCUGGACGAAGGGACGGGCCAGUGGAACGGGAUGGUGCGGGAGCUGAUGGACCACAAAGCCGACCUGGCAGUGGCUCCUCUGGCCAUCACUUACGCCCGCGAGAAGGUCAUCGACUUCUCCAAGCCCUUCAUGACGCUGGGAAUAAGUAUCCUGUACCGCAAGCCCAACGGCACCAACCCGGGCGUCUUCUCCUUCCUCAACCCCCUCUCCCCCGAUAUCUGGAUGUAUAUUCUGCUGGCUUGCUUGGGUGUCAGUUGCGUGCUCUUUGUCAUAGCCAGGUUCAGCCCGUACGAGUGGUACAACCCGCACCCCUGCAACCCGGACUCGGAUGUUGUGGAAAACAAUUUUACGCUGCUCAAUAGUUUCUGGUUUGGAGUUGGGGCUCUCAUGCAGCAAGGAUCUGAGCUCAUGCCCAAGGCUCUGUCGACCCGCAUCGUUGGAGGCAUCUGGUGGUUCUUCACCCUCAUCAUCAUCUCCUCAUACACCGCCAACCUGGCCGCCUUCCUCACCGUGGAGAGGAUGGAGUCCCCCAUAGACUCGGCAGAUGAUCUCGCCAAGCAGACUAAAAUCCUCUAUGGUGUGGUGGAGGACGGCGCCACCAUGACCUUUUUCAAGAAAACUAAAAUCUCCACCUACGACAAGAUGUGGGAGUUCAUGAACAGCAGGAGGACGUCCGUCAUGGUCAAGAACGUGGACGAGGGCAUCCAGCGAGUGCUGACCUCAGACUACGCCUUCCUCAUGGAGUCCACCACCAUCGAGUUUGUGACCCAACGCAACUGCAACCUCACGCAGAUCGGCGGCCUCAUCGACUCCAAAGCCUACGGAGUGGGAACGCCCAUGGGCUCCCCGUACAGAGAUAAGAUCACAAUCGCCAUUCUGCAGCUGCAGGAGGAAGGAAAGCUCCACAUGAUGAAGGAGAAGUGGUGGAGAGGGAACGGCUGUCCGGAGGAGGAGAGCAAGGAGGCCAGCGCACUGGGGGUACAGAACAUCGGGGGCAUCUUCAUCGUGCUGGCGGCCGGAUUGGUACUGUCCGUGUUCGUGGCUGUGGGCGAAGUUCUGUACAAGUCCAAGCAGAACGCACAGCUGGAGAAGCGAUCGUUCUGCAGCGCCAUGAUGGACGAGCUGCGAGUGUCCCUGAAGUGCCAACGCCGUCUCAAACAGAAGCCGCAGCCGCCCGCCAUCGUGAAGACAGAGGAGGUCAUUAACAUGCACACGUUCAACGACAGGAGACUCCCGGGGAAGGAAACCAUGGCAUAAACUCUGAACGCACCCUGACAAAAAAAAAAAAAAAAACAAUAAUACCCCUAAGUAUAAACCACACGGGGGGGAGAAACGGGUGAAAAACAUCGCCACCUUCAGCGCCGGCUGAGGUUGGCCGUCAAAACAGGAUUCCUAUUGAACCCACUUGCUUACGUAGACAGAUGUUUCCUGUGGAAAUAUAGUUGCCUGAGCAGUGUCACCUCACUGUGACUUCACUUCUAAGGAAAGACUGGAUUAGAGGACGAUUCAUGUUAGUUUGAAGCAGGCCUGGGACAAAGUAUGAAUGAACACGGACUUUACAAAAUGUACACACACCCUUUGACGGAGGGAAAAUAUCGUGACAGUAACACCCUAUGUAGUUUUUCUGUUGAUGUCAAUACCCUUUUGUCUUUCCUCCAUGUGUGUGACCCCAUAUGUCUCUCCCCUCAGUGGCUUCAAUCUGGGCAUCUCAAAGCAAGCUGACUUUAGACUGAUGUAUAAAAACCACUUUCAUUUUCAAAUUGAGAAUCAUCUUGUUGACUUUUGUUUCUCUGUGACGCCUUUCUCGUGCCAAAGUUCUGCUGUUGUAAAGAACUUUUGACGUCGCCCACCUCUUGAGUUCAGCGCCUUCUCCACCGUGUCCUUCGCAUUCUUUUCGUUGGCUGUUACAGGAUUUCUACAAAAAUGUUUGUUUUUGUACAACAACAAGGAAUUUUGUAGUAUUUGUAUCAUGGUAGCCCCUUCUUGUGGACAAAAUAUGUAGCAGAUACUCACCCAGCCCUCAGACUUUGACAACUGGGAGGAAGUGGGCGUCCAACUCUGCUGUGUAGGGUUCAUCUUUCAUCGUUCAGUCUUUUAGUCUUGUCAGACCAUCAUCGAUAGUAUCUGGAGACAGGAGUGGAUCGAAGAUUAGCGGGGCCAUAAAUGUAUUAAAGAAUUAUUUACCGCGGUUGAAUUUCAAUAAAUAAGGGUUUGCCAAAGCCUGUUGCAUCACUUGAGAGAAACUCGCCUCUGAAUUAAGAAGUUCAUUUCAAUGUAAAAAAACAAAUAUAUCUAUCUGUUUUUCUGUUUUACUAAGAGACUAUUCAUGGAAAAUAAACACAUAUUUGUCUGAAUUAAAGAGGAAUUUUUAUGGCAAAAUGACUCUGUUAUCAAUUGACAUUAUGGUUUGUAUAAAAAAAUGUCAUUUACUGAAUUAAAACUGUUUGUGACCUUAAUCUGACGAUAAAUAAAAGAAAAAAAAAAACAGGA